GGGGGCCGACCGACGGACGACAGCCCAUCAGCAGCAGAAAAAAAAAAAACACCAUGUGAAGAAAAAGCAUAUAAAAAGGGACACGGAAAGCUAACCUGCUAGGGUGAGAACUUGUUCAUAGGUCUCACCACGACAGAGUCAUCGUCUUCUACAGCUUGGCAGAGAGCGAAUGGACAGAGCCGGAGAGGAGCAGAGCUGUAGUCUCACUGACGGUAGAAGACACUUAGACCAUGCCGACAAAUAAUGGCCCUGGCCGCUUACCAAUCUUUGUGGCUCCACCUAAUAGCAACUCACAGAGGUCUCCAGGUUAUGUCCCCGGGCGGGUGGCUCCAGUCCGCUCGCCGCCACCUGCCAAAGCUCCACCACCUCCACCGAUAAAACCUCACGGACCCCCGCUGGAGCGACAAGCAACUUUUAGCGUGACUGAAGCGAACCAGCACAGAGAACGUGCUAAGAGCCUCCAGCAAAGAAAGAACACAUUUAUCUGUUGUGGAGUGUCCAUUGGGGCUUUCUUCCUUACCCUCAUACUCGUCCUCAGUCUCACAAGUGGAGAUGUGCUAGAUGAGAAUUGCCCGGACCACAACCCGUCCCUAGGCAGCUGGAACCCUGGCCACCAGCCAGAGAAGGCUGUUGUUGUCAGGAGAGGACAUUUGUUUAGAUUAGAUGCUUCUGCUACCUUCCAUUCACUAACCAUCCAGUCAGGAGGUCGGGUAGUUUUCGCAGACAAUAAGGAUGGCACCAAAAACAUCACCUUGAGAACACAUCACAUCCUCAUAGAAGCUGGUGGAGCCCUUCACAUCGGUGCUCCCAAAUGUCGCUACCGUUCUCGAGCCACCAUCGCCCUUAUAGGCCGCUCUGAUGACAAUACAGUCCCGGAAGUGCCUGGCCUGGGCCGCAAGUUCAUUGGCAUCAUGAGCGGUGGGACCCUGGAGCUGCAUGGUACCGAGAGCGUUUCCUGGACUCUGUUGACCAGAAGUAUCCCAGCCUCUGGUCUGACCACUGGAGGUUAUGCAUUCCAGAGGAACUUCAGCCGAGGCAUAAACUUGCGUGUGGUGGACCAGGACACGGCUGCUUUGUUGCUCUGCGAACGCUACGAUACUCACGAGUCUCGUAACGACAGUCGACGGCUCAGCCAACUGCUGAGGUCACUGCCGGAUGGUCGCAUUGUCACACUGGCUGUCGGAGACUCGGCUGUUAAAAGUCUUCUUGAUGAUACCAAGAAAGCCAUUGAAGACAGGCUCGGCAGCAGCUUUGUCUAUGAUCUUAAAUACAGACAGGCGUGGGCUUUGGUCUCAGUGGUAGGCGGUGGUAACGCGUCAUGCUCAGAGGACGUCAGGGAACAUGAAAACCACGACACCGGAGGGAGAGCCCUGGCAAGGGGGAACUUCACAACCGUGGAUGGAGUGGGCUUCUCGGUCACCGCCUACAGCGAGUGGAAGAAUGGUUUCCCUAUAUCAGGCUUCCAGGUGGAUGCUGUAGACCAAGUGGUGUUGAACCUGCAGGAUGAAGUGCAGCCCAGCUGGAAACCGGGGCAUCAGAUUGUUGUUGCAAGCACAGACUACUCCAUGCAUCAGGCUGAAGAGUUCACUUUGUUGCCCUGCCAACAAUGCACCAGCAGGCAGGUCAAGAUACAAGGGAAACCUCAGUACAAUCAUGUGGGAGAAAUCUUAGAUGGGGUCGAUAUGCGUGCCGAAGUGGCAUUGCUCUCCAGGAACAUUUUGAUCUAUGGAGAAAUGGAAAACUCAUGCUACGGAAACAACAAGUGCCAGUUCUACAACCAUGACACCUUUGGAGGCCACAUCAAGAUCUUUGGUAACUUCUCAUCAGUGCAUCUGUCCCACGUGGAGCUGAAGAACAUGGGUCAGCAGGCUGAGAAUGGCCACUACCCCCUCCAUUUCCAUAUAUGCGGGGAUGUGGACCAGAAAGGAGGCUACUGGGAGCCCACUUAUGUGGACGGACUCUCCAUACACCACUCCUUCUCCCGCUGUCUCUCUAUUCACGCUACCAACGGUUUGCUGGUGAAGAACACCGUAGGCUAUGACACCCUGGGUCACUGUUUCUUCCUUGAGGACGGGAUCGAGCAGCGCAACACUCUCUUCCACAACCUUGGUCUGCUGACUCGACCGGGGACUCUGCUGCCAACUGACCGCAAUGACUCACUGUGCACCAGCAUCAAGGACAAAGUCUACCAGGGCUACACUCCUUCACCCAGCACAGAGUGCAAGGCAGUUUCAACCUUCUGGAUCGCCAACCCCAACAACAAUCUCAUUAGCAACGCAGCUGCUGGUUCUCAGGAUGCCGGCAUAUGGUUUGUGUUCCACAGCUCUUCCACCGGAGACUCUCAUGGGCUGGUACCAGAGACCAAGGCAGAGCUGACCCCUCUGGGGAUUUUUUACAACAACCGUGUACACUCCAACUUUAAGGCAGGGCUGUUCAUUGAUAAAGGAGUGAAGACCACCAACGCCAGUGCUGCUGACCCCCGGGAGUACCUAUGUCUGGAUAACAGUGCUAGAUUCCGACCACACCAGAAUGCAAACCCAAGCCUUCCUCGGGUUGCAGCCGUCAUCGACACUCUGAUCUCCUUCAAGAACAACGACUUAGGAGCGUGGAUACGGGGAGGAGACAUCGUCAUCGAGAACUCUGGCUUUGCAGACAAUGGAGUGGGAUUAUCAUUUGCCAGUGACGGGAGCUACCCAAAGGAUGAAGGCUCCAGUCAGGAGGUUACACAGUCUCUAUUUGUGGGUGAAAGCCAAAACAGAGGAACAAAUGGAGGACAGAAUAAAUACUGGGGCCCAGGAGGUGCUGAUGCCAAAAUGAGAACACUGCCCAGAAACAGGACGUUCCCUAUCCGAGGUUUCCAGAUCUACGAUGGUCCUGUAAGCCUCACAGAGAGUACAUUUCGCAGAUACAUCCCCACACCUGAGCGUUAUACCAGCGCAGUGGGAUUCAACCUGAAGAACACCUGGCAGCUCACCCCACGAAACAACCUGUCCCAACUCAACUUCCACUCCACAGUGGGUCUUCGAGCCUUCUUUGGUCGUCCUGGGCAGUGGUUUGAAGAGAACGAUCUGGACGGAGAUAAAAACUCGAUCUUUCACGAUGUGGACGGCUCAGUAACAGGCUACAUAGACACUUACGUAGGGAGAGCUGACAAUUACCUGAUCCAACAUCCUGGCUGUGUGAACAUGUCCCAGUGGAGCGGAGUGAUCUGCAGCGGCCGUUACUCUCAGGUGUACCUCCAGACCCAGGGAGCCCCCAGCCUCAGCUUAUCCAUCAACAGAGAUGAAUAUCCAUAUGCUCCCUUGGUACUAAGGGGUAUUAACAGCCAGGGGGCACCCUCUCAGCAAUACCAGCCCAUCCUGAUGAUGAGCAAGAGCUACACUCUGCACUGGAGCGGACCUGCUCCCAGAGAGAUAGUCCUCUCUCUCAUCAACUUUGACAAAGAUGAUUGGGUACUCGUGGGACUCUGUUACCCAUCAGACACCACCUUUCAGAUCAUGGCCGACAUUUACGAUAGGCAGAGCAACACCUUUGAUGACAUCACAGACUACGGCACUGUAUCCUCCCUUGCAGAGCUGGAGAAGAGGCCGAUGGAGAGGAAGUACUUCUUUGAUCAGACUGUUGGCUUGGUGUGGCUCUACCUCCGAGCCCGGCAUGGUCGUGAGGGUCACAGCUACUGUACAUUUAAAGGCUGUGAAAGAGUGAAGGUCACGGCCACAACAUCCUCUAAACAAACUUGUAACUGCACAUCCAAGGCCUACCCCAAGUACUCCAAGACUCCCUCAGCAGUGGUGCCUAUGCCGCCCCUAAACACAGAGCCCUGCAAAGGCUGUGGUGCUAAACAGCUUGUGUUUUCUAGUGAGCCAUGGACUUCCUACCUCCAAACACAAAUCAAGUCUCUCAGCAGCAAAGAGGAGCAAAAGGGAGAUACGAGCUCUUUUAUCACUGUGAAUGAAGUGACCAUGUCCUUCUCUCAGCCCGGGUUUUUCCUGGUCACAGUGGAUGCCUGCUCUGGAAAAGUCACCAAGAAAACCUCAUUUUCAAAGAUGGACACUAAGAUGGAACAGUACCUAAAAACUGGAAUAGCAAAGAGGUCCAUAGUGCUGAUGGCAACACGAGGUCAACUGGAAGGCCUUGUUGGUGUCGCGCCAUAUCUUGUCUCCUUUGGUUUGGCCAAAGCUGCUGAUCUGCACAGUAAAGAGAGUCUGGCACUUUGGGGGUUCCAGGGUGGUUCUUCGGUCCCUCCGUGGGUCUCGCUACAAGCCGGGCAGGGGGAUGAGGUCCUUGGGCUGCAGGAGCGGUACAUGCCCCUGGGUUUGGAGGCUUACGGCUGUACGCCACCUGCAGCUCAAAAGCGAAAAGAUCUGGAGCUACUCCAAAAAGCCACAGGACUACAAUGACCAAUGUGAACUAUACAACUUAACUACCCAAACACUCUUGCACACAGAUACACGAACACACAACCAGCUGAUGAAUGUGAACUGCUGAACCUUUUAAUUUAUUAACAAUGGCAAAGAUGUUUACCAAUUUCACGUGGAGAGAAGGUAUUUUAGUAUGAAUGGGGUGAGUAUUUUUAUAAUUUGUGUGUGUGUGUGUGUGUGUGUGUGUGUGUGUGUGUGUGUGUGUGUGUGUGUGUGAGUGUGUGUGUAUGUGUGGAAGUAUGCCUUGGGGCUGUUGAGUCAAUGCACUUUUCUUUUACAGACACGACUUGCCUUUUUCCGCCAAAGUGAUCAAAUGGAGCUGUACAAAAAAACUCAGUUGUUCAUCUUUGACAACAGAAAAAACAAACCCAAAGCAUCCGUUAGCAUCUUCCUUCUAGUCUUAUUAUUUAUUAUGUAGCAAAUCAAAACAGAAUGAAAUGGAUUGAGUGUGAUUACAGAGCACAAUGCAUUAGACACACAAAGGCCUUGAGGAAAUGAAGAGAAUGAACGGCAUUGUCCCUGAAAUGAGACCAUGUUUGAACCUGAAAUAAAAUGGAUUAGUUCUGCUCAAGUCAAAGGGAAAUAAGGAAAAAAAGGCCAUGGCAUCUGAUAAUUAAACGGUAAUGUUAAGCCAAAAAUGAACAUCAUAUUGUAAAGACAGAGCCAGUGGUUUAUCAGUGUUUGCUAGUAAGAUUCAUUGGUACAAAGAUGUGUUUAAACAGUCAUAAAAAGCCAUAUUCAUCAUGACGUUUCAAUGAUUAGACUUACAAAUAAUAGUAACUAGUAAAAUGUAAAAUUUUGCUUUUGUAAAAAAAAACAAGAACAGUAUAGAACAGUUACAAUUAUAUAGACUAUUAUCCUUCACCAAAGCUCACAUACAUUUUAAAGAUAUUCAGAUGAUGUUUUGCAAUAACUGAAUCUUUGACUGGAAAACCUCCUGUGUUAAUCGUACAGCUGUUCGACUACAGACUUUAAGCACCUUUUUAAGGAUUCCUCCCUGGGCUUACUGGACCUUUUUUUAUAUCUCAUAUUUAUAUGUCUCUUUCCAGUGAUGAUGUCUCAAGUGCUAGCCACAUGUGCAGCAGUAAAAUGCAUAUAUGUAUAUAUAUAUCUUUUGUUUUGUUUUGUUUUCAAAAACAGAACUGAAUGUUUUUACCUUUUAUCUGCCUCAUUCAUGAUCUUUUCAUGUGCAUUAUUGCCAUAACGUGUGUAGCUGUUGUGCAGGCUGUCUAUUUAGAGCUGACACUCUGACUGCACAGUAGUGAGCAGCAUUUUUCACAAGGAUUAUAUACCAGCUGUAGUGUGUAAGGCUCUAUGUGGAGACUUACACUACGUUAUCUUUUAAAGGGUGUUUGGUUGUGAGCAGGGCUCCCCCACUGUGCGGUAAUAAGUACCUUUUUGUGACUGUGUGUGAGUGUGAGUAUAUGAGUGACCGUGUGAGAUAGGAGAAAGAUCCUCUGGAGGACAAUAACCCUGAUGCCUUUUAACCACUCUACUGUUAAAAAGAGCAAAAAAAAAAAAAAAGACGCUUCCAAGAUGCACAACCAGAGUUUGUCAUUUUUCUAAAUUGGAGUGAGCUUUGUAAAUAAAAUCUUUUAUGUAAUAACUCAAACAGUACCUGUAAUGGAAAUGUCAAAAAUGUUGUCGUUAGUGUUUAUAUACUGUUUGUUUUUGUCAAUUGAAAAAAAGGCUGAUUCUAUAAAUAUGAAACUCAGCAUUUGAUAUGAAAUUGCCAAUUGAAUAAACUGUGUUUGCUUUGUGAUUAAA